GACCUCCACUCAUCGACAAGUCCUGCUAGGGUGAUGAUAUCUUGGAUCAGGUAAAUGCAAUUGGAACACUUUUCAAUGGAGGGGUAGGUUACAGUCGAGUCAACAUCGAAAACCGCCCUCAGGUCGAAGGUGGAAAGCAUGAGCAUGUAUAACUCUUGUGAGCCCCAACAUCUUGCCCAUCCAGGUCCUACCAACACUCAACGGUUGAUAGGGGCGUAAGUAGGUUAUCAUCACAAUGGUUUUGAGUCUCGACAGCAGCAAGGCCCUGGUUACAGGUGCUGUAGUGGUCGUGCUGUAUCUCUUCACCACCAGGCUCAUCCGCUACAAACGACUCUCUCACAUCCCAGGACCCCCGACGACGGGAUGGAGUUCGUUUUGGCUUGUCUGGCGCCAGGCCGGUGACAACAUUCCUGAGCAUUUUGGCAAAGCCAUUGGCAAAUACGGCCCAGUCGUCCGCAUCGCCCCCAACUGGAUCAUCUGCAGCGACCCCGACGAGAUCCGGCGCAUCUGGAGCGUCCGCGCCGGCUGGCGUCGCUCAACCUGGUACCACUCCUUCCGCUUCGACCCGCACCGGGACAACAUCCUGACGUACCCGGAAAACGAGGACCACCGGCGGGCUCGCACACUCUUGAUCUCCGCCUACAGCGCACGGGGGUUUGAAACCCAGGAGCGCCUGAUGGAUGAGCAUAUCGUCCGGUUCAUCGACCUGCUCGAGCGCAAGUACGUUUCCGACAAUAAGACAUCCGGGGGCAGGUACCGGCCGCUCGACAUGUCGCACGUCUUCCCUUUUUUGGCGCAGGACGUGAUGACAGCCGUCGAGUUCUCCAAGCCGAUGGGGUUGAUCGAGCAAGACCGGGACUUUUUGGGGGUGCUGGGUAUCUUCGAGAAGCUCGCUAAGGUGAUGGUCGUCACCGCCACGCUGACCUGGGUCCACGACCUCCAGCGCGCUCCCAUUCUUAAACCCUUUCUUCCCAAGGCCGGGGACGGCACCGCCCUCGGCCGGCUGCUGCAGCUCAUCCGCGACCACACCGACGAGCGGUACCGUGACGGCCCUGACAAGGUCUGGAAGGACGACAUGCUCCAGAAGAUGGUCGAGGCCGGACUGACGCAGGAGGAAGCGGACGCCGAGGCCCUUGUCGCGCUGUUUGGUGGUACGGACUCGACGGCGGUGGCGCUAAGGCAGACUGUUUUCUAUCUGGCCAGCACAGCGCCGGCAUAUAGGGCGCUUCAGGAGGAGAUCGAUGGCGAGAUCUUGAGGGGAAGAGUUGCGAGGCCGAUCAUCACCGACGCCGAAGCCAAGAAGCUGCCCUUCCUCCAGGCUUGUCUCAAAGAGGGGACGCGCAUGUGGGCGCCGAUUGGAGGCUUGUUGGCCAAGGUGUCGGAUAAGGAUGAUGUUAUUUGCGGGAAGCACAUUCCUGCUGGCACGAAUGUGGCGUGGGCGAGCAAGGCGGUGCUGAGGAAUAGGGAGGCGUUUGGUGAGGACGCAGAUGUAUUUAAUCCCCAGAGGUGGAUUGAUGCGGCGGGUGAUCUGGCGGACGCGGAGAGGCUGAGGAGGAUGGAGAACACGCAGGGACUGGUGUUUGGGUCGGGGACGAGGUGGGAGUGUUUGGGGAAGCGGUUGGCUUAUGUUGAGUUGGGGAAGGUGAUUUUUGAGCUCUUCGCCCGCUUCGACUUCACCAUGGUGAAUCCGGAGAAUCCAAUGAAGACAUCUCAUCAAAGUUUGGUCUUUCACAAAGACAUGUUUGUCAAGAUCACGAAGAGAGAAAAUCCCAUACACCGUUGACCCGGUUGCUUGUGUUUUCACUGCCCGGCCACACUUCUUCUGAUCACAGCCAACUUGGCAGAAGAGGUCGGGCCACUUGAGCCUGUUCUCCUGCCGUGGUAUGUACGUUUCGCCCCUUAUCUCAUGGACUCCAUGAAUAGAACGGCGUUCAAACAAUCACAAGGGGAGCAUGGGUGGUGGGCUCGGUAAUUAUCCAGGUGUUGGCCUCUCGACGAGUCAACCCGGAUACAGCUUGUACGGAACUGACAUUCUGUUUACCAAUCAACUUGCAAUACCCCUUUGUCCUUGUUGCCUUCAACACGUCUUGGAUCUUACUCGUGCUUCCACCGUUAUUUGACAGUCCAUUUGCUGUUGUCAGAAGGAGGGUGGACGGUCAUCAACGACGAGCUUCGCGUCUCGGUCGGCCGGAACAUGCC